CAGUCACCUUCAUCUUCUUGGCCUCUGCACCCGGGUUGAGCAGCGGGCUGGUGGCACCAAAAGAUACAACGUUUUAAAUCAUGUUUUCGCCAGCAUUCAGGGUCAUCUCUCGUCUCCCAGUCCGCCCACUGGUUCGUCGGUAUGGCGGCGGUGAAGUCUACAAGCCCAUCACCAUGAACGACUUGCCUGUGCCGAAGGGAUCCUGGCAGGAGCACUAUAAUGCUAAGCAGAAGAACUACAACACCAUGCUAAUGCUCGGCAUAAUCACGUUUACUGGCACACUUUUCGGGGCGUACCAGUCGGGCCUGGUGGUGCUGAACACCACGCCGGACCUGAAGAAGAUGAACAUCAAGUGAGCGUCUGGGUCUGCGUCGCGUGCGCUGCAGAGUGAAGUCGAGUGUGUCCUGAGUGUGUAAAGCCAAUAUAAUGUAACGGACCACG